AGUAUUCUACUGUCGCUUUCAUAAGACACACACAGCAUGUUAAAAGUUUAUAUUGUAAUUGAACUUUAUUAAAUUAUUGAAAAAUGUACAGAUUACUUAAACGCGGCGUGUUAACUGGGAACAAAUUAAAUGGUUUAAAACCUUCUAAUCUAGGAAGAGGUACUCGUUAUCUGACUACCCAAGAUGCGAAGGCAGAUAUUCUGUUCCCUGAAACGGUCGAUUUCCCGAGCAGGCACAUUGGGCCCAGGGACCAAGAUAUUGUGACCAUGCUGGAUCUUUUGGGAUACAAGAGCUUGGACCAGUUGACUAAUGAUGCGGUACCUAAGCAAAUCCAGUUGCAAGGUCUUAUGGACAUCUCUGAGCCUAUGAGCGAAUACGAUCUUAUCGAAAGAGUGCGCAAGUUAGCUGAAAAUAAUCAAAUAUGGCGUUCAUACAUCGGCAUGGGAUAUCACAACUGUGCUGUGCCUCAUACCAUCAUGAGGAAUAUGUUCGAAAAUCCUGGAUGGACGACGCAGUACACUCCCUACCAACCCGAAGUGGCUCAGGGCAGACUGGAAAGUCUCCUCAACUAUCAGACGAUGGUGAGCGACCUCACUGGCUUGGAUGUUGCCAACGCAUCGCUGCUUGAUGAAGGCACGGCUGCUGCCGAGGCCCUAUCCCUUUGCCACAGACACAACAAAAGGAACAAGUUCGUAGUAUCAGAGCGUCUCCAUCCUCAAACACUAGCCGUCGUCCAAACCCGUUUGGAUGCUCUAGGAUUGGAGGUGUUGGUGGUACCCGACGUGCGACAGGCGGAUUUCGCGCAGAGAGACAUCUCUGCUGUCCUCCUGCAAUGUCCUGAUACCAGAGGCUUGGUUUAUGAUUACUCUGGAUUGGCUGCUGCUGCUCAGGAACAUGGAACAUUAGUCGUAGUGGCAACGGAUCUCUUAGCCAUGGCUCUGCUCAGGCCUCCAGCGGAAUGCGGCGCAGCCCUUGCCGUAGGCACUUCCCAACGGUUGGGAGUCCCACUUGGCUAUGGGGGUCCCCAUGCAGGGUUCUUCGCGGCCGAACAUCCGUUGGUGCGGCUCAUGCCUGGACGUAUGGUGGGCGUGACGAGGGACGCUGCUGGAAGAGAUGCCUACAGGUUAGCUCUUCAGACCAGAGAACAGCACAUCCGACGAGACAAGGCGACGUCAAACAUUUGCACAGCUCAAGCCCUCUUGGCGAACAUGUCCGCGAUGUACGCCGUCUACCACGGACCUCAAGGCUUGAGGGAUAUUGCCAUUCGAGUUCAUAAUGCUACUCUAGUACUUGAUCAUGGUAUCAGACAACGUGGUCACAAGCAAUCUAACGAAGUAUACUUCGACACGUUACACGUUGUACCCCAUGCUAACCACGACGCUGGUGCCAUCAAAGAAAGAGCCCAACAAAAGAAGAUCAAUCUUCGGUAUUUCGAUGACGGUGCAGUUGGUGUUGCAUUAGAUGAAACCACUACCAUGCAGGAUGUUGAUGACUUGCUUUGGAUAUUUGACUGUCAAAGCGUUGAAGAGGUAAAGAAAAACGAAGAAUCAGUGAAAUCUCGCAGCGUGCUUAAGGGUCCAUUCAGAAGGACGUCCCCGUAUCUAACGCAUCCCGUCUUCAAUAUGCACCACUCGGAAACUAAGCUGGUGCGGUACAUGAAGCGACUGGAGAAUAAGGACAUAUCUUUGGUCCACUCUAUGAUACCUCUGGGUUCCUGCACUAUGAAACUAAAUUCAACUACGGAGAUGAUGCCAUGCUCAUUCAAGCACUUUACAGAUAUUCAUCCGUUCGCGCCACUGGAUCAGUGUCAGGGCUAUCAUACCUUGUUUGAGGAACUUGCUAAUGAUUUGUGUGCGAUCACAGGCUACGACCGUGUUUCAUUUCAGCCAAACAGCGGCGCUCAAGGCGAAUACGCGGGGCUACGUACAAUAAAGCGCUAUCACGAGUUCCGCGGCGACACGGGCCGCAACAUAUGCCUCAUUCCCGUAAGCGCGCACGGCACGAACCCAGCAUCUGCCCAUAUGGCCGGUAUGCUGGUGUGUGCUAUCCGAGUCAAGCCCUCUGGAGAUAUCGACAUGGAGCAUCUCAAAGAUAAGGUUGAAGAGCACAGCAAGAAGCUAUCAUGCCUCAUGCUGACGUACCCUAGCACGUUCGGCGUGUUCGAGGAGCAGGCCGCAGACGUGUGCGCGCUGGUGCACAAGCAUGGCGGCCAAGUGUACUUGGACGGCGCCAAUAUGAAUGCACAGGUUGGUCUAUGCCGUCCAGGAGAUUAUGGCAGCGAUGUAUCUCAUCUUAACCUGCACAAAACCUUCUGUAUACCCCAUGGCGGUGGUGGUCCAGGCAUGGGACCUAUUGGAGUGAAAGCUCACCUAGCGCCUUUCCUGCCUUCACAUCCCGUUGUAGACCCCCUAGCGGACUUGGGCGACGCGGCGCACAGUUUUGGAUCAGUGAGUGCGGCUCCCUAUGGUUCUUCGGCCAUCUUGCCGAUUUCCUGGGCAUAUAUCAAGAUGAUGGGCCCUAAAGGUCUCAAGCGUGCAACGCAAGUAGCCAUACUGAACGCAAACUACAUGUCCCGGAGGCUCGAGGGCCAUUACAAAACGCUGUAUAAGGGUGAAAGGGGGCUAGUGGCGCACGAGUUCAUCAUAGACGUGAGAGAUCUUAAGAAAACUGCUAAUAUAGAACCUGGAGACAUUGCGAAGAGGUUGAUGGACUUUGGAUUUCACGCCCCAACCAUGUCUUGGCCGGUAGCUGGGACUCUUAUGAUAGAGCCUACGGAAUCCGAGGAUCUGCAGGAACUCGACCGGUUCUGCGAGGCGCUCAUCCAAAUUAGAAAAGAAAUCAAAGACAUCGAGGAUGGAGUCAUGGAUAAACGGUUAAAUCCGCUCAAGAUGGCGCCUCAUACGCAAGAAGCUGUGAUAUCAGAAGACUGGAACAGGCCUUACAGCAGAGCUCAAGCUGCAUUCCCUGCCCCGUUCGUGAAGGGAGAAACGAAGAUCUGGCCAACAGUGGGUCGGAUCGACGAUAUGUACGGCGACAAGCACCUCGUCUGUACGUGUCCUCCAGUCCUUGAUGACUUCUGAUCCUUUAUUUAUUGUUAUAGGCUAUAUAUUAUAUAUAAGAUUAAAACAAAGACAUGUUGUCGCAUAAUAAUAUGUAUAUUUUGUCAAUAUUGCUGUAGAAUAAAUAUUUCCCUCUAACAACAAAA